AUGGUCAAAAUUGAAACAUUUGCCGUGGAGCAGUGGAUGGAUCUCUAUGAGGACAAUGCUAAGCACAAUCUUGCUGAGACCUGCUGCGCAUCCCUCUCUCUCAGAGAUCUCCAGUCCCUCUCGGGAGAGGAGAAAGAUAUUAUAGAUUUCUCGCAUAAGCAGACCUACGGUGCAAUUCGCGGCUCAAAGGCUCUACGCUCGAAUAUUGCAAAGUUAUAUUCCAGUGAAUUGACUACCCCUUUGGCCCCCGAAAAUGUUCUUGUCACCAAUGGAGCUAUUCAGGCCAAUUUCCUCGCUCUCUAUUCUAGCGUUGGCCCGGGAGACCAUGUCAUCUGCCACUACCCGACCUAUCAGCAGUUGUAUUCUUGUCUCUCUUGGAAGUCUUCCGAGGAAAAUGAUUGGAAGUUGGAUCUGGCAGAGCUGAAGUCUCUUAUUCAGCCAAACACUAAGCUGAUUAUCGUCAAUAAUCCUCAAAAUCCAACUGGCGCUAUCAUUGAACGUGAGACGCUACAGGAGAUUGUCAAUGUCGCCAAGCAGCACGACAUUACGAUCCAUUGCGACGAAGUUUACCGGCCACUAUUCCACUCUCUGGGCCCAGAUGUGCCAGAAAACCCGCCAUCUAUCCUAGACUUCGGGUAUGAAAAGACAAUUUCAACAAGCUCAAUGUCCAAAGCAUUCAGCUUGGCAGGUAUUCGACUUGGAUGGAUCGCAUCCAGAAGCUCCGAGAUCAUCGAAGCUUGUGCAGACGCGCGUCACUAUACCCUGAUCUCGGUUGGGCAACUCGAUGACAGCGUCGCGACACAUGCAUUGUCUAGUCCCUGCGUUGGAAACCUACUCAAGCGCAAUACAGAGCUCGCCCAACAGAAUCUGAAGGAUUUGGAAGAGUUUGUCCGUGAUUAUGAUAGCAUGGCGACUUGGGUCCGCCCCCGGGCUGGAACGACUGCUUUCAUCAAGUUCAUUAAGAAUGGAGUCCCCGUUGAUGAUGUGGCAUUUUGUCAACACCUUUACGAGAAAAAUGGGGUUAUGCUGGCUCCUGGUAGUCAGUGCUUUGGGGACGGAAAGGACUUUAAAGGUUAUGUUCGCGUGGGAUAUGUUCCUGAGCGACAGGUAUUGGUGGAUGGGUUGAAAGCUCUGCGGGAAUUCAUGGAGAAUGGGUUCGAGAGCGUGCCCCUUGCAACUAAAUGA